AUGUCAAGAGAAGUAGUAUGCAUCUCGUACCAUUUUACAAUAUGCUUCGCUUUGCUAAUCCUUCUACAGUCCACCAUUGCCAUUCCAAUCUUCUAUUCCAGGAAAUUGACACUACGGCCGGAUGAGUUUUUGUUAACUUAUAUACCCCAAGAAGGUCUACUAUCUCGAGGUGAGUAUGAGAGUUGGUCCGAUGUUUUCGAAAAUACUCAUAAUGAUCAUAUUCCAUAUUUACCAUUCCGACGACUUACACGGAAUACUGGUUCAGGAGAUGAAGCACGCUAUCAGAUCCGUCAUGUGGGUGACUUACCAAUGUUUCGAUUUGGAUAG